CAGAGAGGUGUAGGGACAGCCUGACUGAGUGCCAGGACCGCUCUGCACCCUAGCUCUGAGAGUCAACAUGGCUGACACUAGCAUGCGAAUCAGUGGAGGAGCUGUCAGAUUUGGGGCCACCUAUGGAGGCAACCGUCUGUUCGCCGGAGCCAGGGGAGCAGGAGGCUCUAGCAUGUCCCUCUCCCGCUCGCUGGGUUUGGCCAGGGGAGCCGGAGCUGGUCUUGGCCUUGGCCUGGGUGGUGGAGGUCUUGGUCUGGGCUUAGGAAUGGGUGGAGGCCUUGGUCUUGGGCUCGGUGCUGGUGCAGCAGGUCUCGGCCUCGGCCUUGGUGGUGGUUUGGGUUUGGGUGCUGCUGCAGGUGCCAGAGCCGCAGGCUUCAGGGCAGGCGUGGCCCCGCUGAGAGCUCACCUAGGUGGCCGCGUCUUCAAGAUCGGAGGCUACGGCUUCAACCCGUCCUUCCUCAGCUCCACCACAACAACGGAUGUUGGCGUCAGUCCAGUUCCCAUCCUCGACCCCUCACUGCCAUCCGUGGACACUGUGCAGGUCACACGCUUGAGGGAGAAAGAACAGCUGCAAGCACUCAAUGACAAAUUUGCCUCUUUCAUUGACAAGGCUCGUUCCCUGGAGCAGCACAACGCUGUUCUGAAAGCCAAGAUCUCCAUGUUCACCAACCCUGAGCAGGGUGGCCCCGCCAGCACCUCCAUCCUGCUCACGUCAGCCAUCGGAGGCUACAAAUCACAGAUCGACAGCCUCACUGCCACCAAGGAGGCCAUCAUCGCUGAGAUCGAGCACUACAAAGGCAUCAUUGAUGACGUGCAAGCCAGAUAUGAAGAGGAGACUGCUCAGACCAAAUCUCUAGAGGUUGAAUGGACCACAUUAAAGGAGGAAGUGGACAAUCUGUACCUCACCAUCUUUGAGCUGCAGACCAGCCUCAGCGGUCUCGAGGAACAGAUUGCUCUGUCCAAGCAGGUGUAUGAUGCUAAAGUGAAGGAGGUGAGGAACAUUGUGACCGGCAGCGUGAAGUCCGCAGUCUCCAUCUCGGUGGAUAACACAGCUCAGGCCCAGGACUUGACGUCUGCCCUGGCUGAAGUUAAAUCACACUACGAAGCUCUGGCCCAGCGCAGCAAGCAGGACGCCAUCGUCUCCGUGCAGGACAGCCUCUCCAUUAUGACUGUAUCAUCCCAGCCCAGCACUCAGACCCUCACUUCAGCCAAAGAGGAGCUGAGAGUCUACAAACUACAGAUCGACUCAGUGCAUAGAGAGAUCGACCGGCUCAAGUCUCUGAACGUCCAGCUGGAGUCUCAGGUGGAUGAGGCUGAGUCUCACACCAGCUCCCACACAGAAACCUACCAGGAGCAAGUGGCUGUGCUCAAGUCUCAGCUGGAUGACCUGAAGAAGCAAAUCACACAAUAUGGACAAGAAUACCAGGAACUGUUGGCCAGCAAAAUGUCUCUGGAUGUUGAAAUCACAGCCUAUAAGAAGCUUCUGGACAGCGAGGAGAACAGGCUGAAGUCUGGGGGAGGAAUCACAGUGCACAUGUCCAAGACCGCAGUAGGAGGAGGAGCAGGAGGUGCUGCAGGGUUCGGUCUAGCUGCAGGAGGAGGAGGAGCAGGAGGGCUGGGAGGAGGUGCAGGCCUCGGUCUGGGAGGAGGAUAUGGCCUUGGGUUGGGUGGAGGCCUGGGUGGAGGCCUGGGAGGAGGUCUUGGAGGAGGCCUUGGAGGAGGUCUGGGAAUGGGACUGGGAGGAGGAUUCGGUGGAGGAUAUGGAGCAGGUGGAAGCAGCUUCAUGUCAUCCAGCUUGAGCUCCAGUGGACUUUCGUCCACAGUUUACUGAACAAACAUCAAAGCCACUCAGCCUUUUGGCUCCACUGACGAGUACUGCGUCCCAACACCUGCGACACAGAGGAAACAAGCCACACAGAGAACGUUUUCCCAAUUAUUGCUUCCCAAAAUAGAUUAAAGUCUGAAAAGCAUUUGUGUGUGUGUGUGUGUGUGUGUGUAUGUGUGUGUGUGUGUUUGUGUUUGACUGUGUUUGUGUGUGAGAGAGAGAGAUUACUGAAUGUACACGCUGUGCUCCUCACACACUGUCCUCAGAUGAUUCCCGGUCCCAAGGCCUCCAUCAUAUUUUAGAGAAUCUUUGAGCUUCUUAAAGAAAAAAAAGAUCUGCUUCAGGAUUUCAGUUCUGUACAACUAUUGUGAGAAACACAAUAAAACAGUGUUACCAGA